AUGGCUACCACCGCUAAUAACACCGCGAAACAAGCGACCCCGAAAAUUACCGAGAUUAUCGCCCUGAAGAAAGUCGGGUGGUGGCUCGUGGGUACUCUGACCCUCGUGUUUUCCAUCGUCGUCAUUGGCGGGCUCACCAGACUCACGGAACUGGGGCUUUCCAUCACGGAGUGGAAACCGGUCACGGGGUCGAUCCCGCCGUUGCUGGAAGCUGACUGGCUUGACGAGUUUGCCAAGUACCAGAACCUGCCUGAAUUCAAACAAUUGAACUCCCACAUUACCCUUGAGGAGUUUAAGUUCAUCUAUCUGAUGGAAUGGGGCCACCGUCUUUUAGGGAGAGCCAUCGGCCUUUUCUUCGUGUUGCCGGCGUUAUACUUCUGGAAAACGAAACAGUUCGGUCCUCAUGUUGGUAAGCGUGUGCUUGGCCUUACCGCGUUGUUAGGGCUUCAAGGGUUUAUCGGCUGGUGGAUGGUCCAGUCCGGUUUAGACGAAGAACAAUUGAAAGAAAGACGACUGAUGCCUACCGUAUCGCAAUACCGUUUAACUACUCACUUGGGAGCAGCGUUUUUGAUGUAUUUGGGCGUUCUCUGGACGGCGUUUGAAGUGCUUAACGAAAACAAAUGGUUGGACCAGGCCCGUAAAGGCCACGGCGCUACCAUGGAAAAGUUGUUCACUCAACUAAACAGCCCGUUGCUUAAACCGGUGAGAAAGUGGGCGACGGCAUUAUUAUGUCUUACCUUCGUCACCGCGAUGUCGGGGGGUAUGGUCGCCGGUUUGGACGCCGGUUUGAUCUACAAUACUUUCCCCCACAUGGGCGACGACUGGAUCCCGCCUAAGUCGGAAUUCAUGUCACCUGUGUUCGCUCACAAGGAAGAUAAGCUGGACAUGUGGUGGAGAAACUUGACGGAAAACCCCACCACCGUGCAAUUGAUCCACCGGAUCUUUGCCGUGACCACCUUCUGUGCUGUUUCUGCCGUGUGGUGGUACGUGGGUCGCCACAAGGCGAUCGUGCCCAAGCCGGCUCAAACCGCUGCUAACACCAUCAUGGGCUUGGCCACGUUACAAGUGACGUUGGGGAUCUGCACGUUGAUUUACCUUGUGCCCAUCCCCUUGGCGCUGGCCCACCAGGCCGGUGCCUUGGCGCUUUUGACCGGGGUGUUGGCCUACGCCGCCGCGCUUAAGAAGCCGAGACCAGCGGCAGUGCAAGUGAUCAACCAGCAAAUGAAGCAGGCCCUCUUGAAGCAAAAGGCGUGA